AAACAUAAUGGGGUUCCACAAUGCAACAAACUUUACAACACAUGCGAGUAAAAACAGCACCCUGAAUCCGAAACAGAAAAAUAGAGCUCAAAUGUCAAGUUUCAACACACAAAAAUAAAUUCCACCAAAUUUCAAAUCUCUCGUUUUUUUAAUUCAACUCAAUAAAAAACAUUCCGUGAAUCGAAAUGAAGGAUGAUGACGUCCUCCCGGUAUCAACUCCGACGGCGCACAUGUCAUUAACUCCGGCGACAUCGUCAUCUUCGAAAAAGUAUGGUAAUUUAAUUAAUUCCGGCCUGUUUGGACGUGGUCGUUAUAAAUUUUGGGCAUUGGCGGCUAUUUUGCUUCUAGCUUUUUGGUCUAUGCUCACCGGAACCGUCACUCUCCGGCUAUCCACCGAUAAGCUCAAUCGAUUCAUCGACGACAUUGCCACUCCUGUCCACGACGAUCUCGACGUCCUCGAAAUGGAGGAGAGGGAGAAAGUGGUGAAGCAUAUGUGGGAUGUGUAUACGAAUAGUCGGCGGAUCAGAAUACCUAGGUUUUGGCAAGAGGCUUUCGAAGCUGCUUACGAGGAGUUAACUAGCGAUAUUGCUGAAGUUAGAGAAGCUGCCAUCUCCGAGAUUGCUAAUAUGUCUAUGAACUUUGUUAAUCUCGAAACUCCGCCCUCGAGUGUAAAACGACCAGAUUUGAAGCAAUCAGAAAGGGAUAAAGCUGAAAAUCCUUCACGCAGGAAGCUAUGACUUGAUGAACAUCAUGGAUCUACUACAGAAAUGCUGUUCUUUCAUACACGUUGAAUUCUAUUAAAUUGCUUGUGUUGUGUUCUACCGAGUUCAAGUUAAAGGUAGGGUGAGAAUUACGCUACACAACUUCUCAUGUUGCGCCAGUUGCAGCUUACAAUAAAUAUAUCCUUUUAGGUUCCUACUGUUGCAUCUUUGUUACUGCAACAUCAUUUUUGAGCAGAGUUUGUAGCGUAGCAAGUAUAUUCGAUUGUUAGAGUUAGUUGAAUUGUUAGUCAUCUUAGAAAUACCGAGUCUGGUGAAGAUUUAUUUCCUUUUGAUAAUGUAAAUGACAUUCUGUGGAUAUAUAUGUCCGAAUUCUGUAUGAAUGAGAAAAAAUCAUCAGCUGCUAUUGAUUCUCA